UUUUGGGUACAGGCCGCGGCGCGAGCGGGGCCUCACUCAACUAGAAAAACGGUCUGGCACGAGAUAACGGAGCCACGGGACACCCGGGAAUACCGCGCGCCGGCUCCCACAUCAAAGGCCGAGCACACGAGGACAGACCGGCGGCUAGAAGCGACGGAAAACGCACAAAGCAAUCAACCCUCCCUUGCAUGUGGACAGCAGGUUGUUGGCAGCUAGCGACCAGAGCUAAACGGAGCUAGCCUGCUUUUGUAAUCCGCCGGCCAGACAGUCAUUCGUUCACCUCCGACCAGGCCGAAACCGGAUUUUGAGUGGGGGGUAUAACGCACUGCAGAAGACAAGGGACACAGCGGCGGUGGCAGGAGGCUGGUUCUGGAGGCGAGGCCAAAGGACCAGACUCAAUGAGUUUCCAGCGAAAUGUCAGAGAAGUCAGGGCAGAGCACCAAGGCAAAGGAUGGCAAAACCAAAUAUGCAACCCUUAGCCUUUUCAACACCUACAAAGGCAAAUCUCUGGAAACCCAGAAAACUGCUGUGGCUGCCAGACAUGGGCUCCAGAGUUUGGGCAAAGUUGCUGUCAGCCGGCGAAUGCCCCCUCCAGCUAACCUGCCCAGCCUGAAAGCAGAGAACAAAGGAAACGACCCCAACGUCAACAUUGUCCCCAAAGACGGUAGCGGCUGGGCAUCCAGAGCUGAGGGGGGAGAGGAGAGGCAACAAGAAACUCCCCCACCCCAAAGCAAACCAGCACCACUCCAGUCACAAGAGCCUUCUACUGGUGGAAGCCGCUCCUGGGCAAACAACAAGCAGCCGCAGCAGCUUGAUGGGUCUCCUCGUGUAAGCAGCUACUUUCAUCAAGAGUUUCCCAGCUUGCAGGCUGCCGGUGAAGCGGAGAAAGGGGAUGGUCAAGAUGAAGAGCCCUAUGGACCAGGCCCAAGCCUCAGACCACAAAAUGUUGGCAGUUGGCGUGAAGGUGGAGGCAGGAAUUUGAACACUGCAUCCAGCCCCCCUGAGAUGGAUACCAAGCCACAGGAGGAGGGCAGUACGAGCCUUGGUACCUCCACGCCACCUGUUGAAGCUGAAGAAACUGGCCGAAAUGCAACAACCGAAGGUCAAAAGGAGAAGAAGGAUAGCCGAGAGAGGAUUCCUCCCUCUGUCACUUCUCAACCUAAACUUAAUGGGGGGCAACAGCCUCCUGCAGGGGUGCCAACUCACUUUGACCCAGCUUUCAGGAGCAUGAUGCCACCUUAUAUGUUCCAUGCCUAUCCACAAAUGACGUUUGCCCCAGGACAGGGGAACGUCAGGUACCCUGUACCACAGGAUGGGGGAAAGAUCCUCAGGGGUUCUCGUUCAGCACGGCUUCAGCAACCACCCCCUCAGUCCUGGCUCCAAGACCCAGACAGACCCUCAAUCAUCAGUGCAACAGAACUGAAGGAGCUCGACAAUUUAGACACUGAUGCUGACGAGGGUUGGGCAGGGGCUCAGAUGGAGGUUGACUACACAGAGAAACUGAACUUUAGUGACGAUGAGGAAGCUGCUAAAGACAAAGGAGAAAACUGGGAGUGGAUACGGUCUCGGACGUCAGACAAUCAAGAAGGCUGGAAGGAAGGAUCUGAAGAGCGUGGGGGCACUAAGACCUCCUGGGCCGACAGCGGUGAUCCUAGAGCACCAUCACCUGGCAGUGUAGGGCAGUACAAUAAACCGGCUGCUUCACAGGACUACCAGAGUGGCACUCGACCUGUUGGUAGCGGUGCUCCACGGGGGAACAAACCGCAGGGAGCUGUGGCACCAGGAGCUGAAGAGGAUUCUGAUGCUUGGCGACAGAAGCGAAAGAAGCAGUCUGAAAUUUCUGAAGCUGUAGAGCGAGCAAGACGGAGGAGAGAAGAAGAGGAGCGGCGGAUGGAAGAACAGAGGCUUGCUGCUUGUGCUGAAAAACUGAAACGUCUAAAUGAAAAACAUCGACCUCCCAACGAGGGCAAACCUGCUAGUGAUCAGACCACUACUGAAGAAGCAGUAGCUGCUGGGGAGGAAGCCUUAUCAUUAUCUGUUCCUGCGUCCACUCCUGUACCCUCGAUCCCAGUUCCACAGCCGGAGGUCCCAGUUGUACAAGCCCCUUUAUCCGAGAGAGUGGAUCGAGACAGGGAAAGGAUGGAGCGAGUAGAAACAAAUGCUGAGGAAGAGCCUGAGCUUACUCGUCAGGCCAGUCCCCCUGUCCAGAGACCUGUGACUGUAGUCCCAGAGCCUCAGGGCGAGGGAGAAACCUCUCUUCCUGAGGUCUGUCCCUUGGUGCAGGAGAAUCAGACUGACAGGCCAUCAGUACCUAUUCGGGACUAUUUUAAUAUGGAGGACAACAGAGUGGAUGAGCCCCACCUGUCCCUGUCUCACAUUGAACCUCCUGGAGGGGAUGAAGUCCCCAUUGCACCUCCUCAACUGGAAGGAGAGGCAGCAGCUGCAAUGCGUCCCUCUGUCAUCUCAGGCUACUCCAAACAGUUUCAGAAGUCUUUGCCACCACGUUUCCUUAGACAGCAGGAGCAGAUGAAGCAGCAGCAGUGGCAGCAACAGCAAAGUGGAGGCUCUGUGUCCCCAUCAGGUGGCGGCAGUGUUCCUGCUACCCAACAGCAGCAACACCGCUCCAUGUAUCAACCUAUGGGCCCCCACCACCAGCACUUGCCCUCCAUGGGGUUUGACCCCCGCUGGCUCAUGAUGCAGUCCUACAUGGACCCCCGCAUGAUGUCAGGCCGCCCCCCUAUGGACAUCCCUGCAAACAUUCACCCAGGGAGAAUCCCUCAGAAGCAGAUUGUACGCAGAGAACCAGGUGACAACUCCAGUUCUAGCUCUGACUCAUUUGACCACUUGUCCCGACCAGUUCGAGACCAUGGCUUCCCCUCAGACUCACGGAUGGUAUGGGGAUCAGACCCAUAUCCACAGUCAGAACCAUUACCCUCUGUAACUCCCCCAAAAGGACGUGACGACAAUAAGGAGCAACGGAUGGACUCUGGUUUGGAUCUGGACAGGAGUCUGCCAGCUAUUUAUGCUCAGGAUCACGGUGCGGUGGACUCUCGUAAAAGUAAUUUCUUUCGGGACUCUGAGUCCCUGUCCGCGUUUACUCAGGGCCCGGAGGAUGUGUCGGGGCCUCCAGAUAGAGCGCCUGUAAGUUCGGCGUUUGAUGCUGAUGAUCGAGGCUUACCUAGUGGGGAAGAGGUGGAAGCCCUUGGUCAAGCCAUGCUCCAGAGAAGUGUCUCUCAGGGUUCCAGCCAUUCCCUUAAGCUGGAUGAGCCCAGGUUUGAUGGGCUACCCUUGGCAACAAAAUCGCUAGAGCUCCCAGACACAGGGGAGCGGGCUGCUGAUAAGCCCCAAAGUGAGCUUUACUCCCAGGCUGCUGUAACUAGCAACAGGGCUACACCUCCAGCUGAUGGAUUACACAAACAAGAGAAGCUCCCUCUGCCCGCUCCAAGCAAGCAGAAAGCCGAACUGCGAUGGGGCGGGAGAUCAGGGUCUGGUCGCCGAGAUGGACCAGGUGGAGAGAGACCCGUUCGCAGGUCAGGGCCGAUAAAAAAGCCUGUCCUGAGGGACAUGAAAGAAGAACGGGAGCAAAGAGAAGAGCGCGAGAAACGUCACGAGAGAGGGGAUAAAGGGGACCGGUCCAAAAAGGAUCAGUCAACUAAAGCUUCAUCAGCAGCUGCAGCCGUGUCUGAAAGCUCUCGAGCUCAGAGUGAUGGGAAGAGGGAAGCUGCUGAGGCGGACGAAGCCCCAGCUGCCCACCAUAGGGCCAGAGACCCACAGCCUUCUUCGGGGGUACCCACCUCCUCCUCCCAGGAAGAGAAAGCAGACAAACUGCCCAGUAAUGACAAACAUCCAGAACCAAAACUGCCCAGCCGAAAAGAAUCACAUCUUCCUGCGCGUCCCUACAGGAGAGAGGAGAGGGAGAGAGAGAGAGAACGAGACAGAGACCGAGACAAGGAAGCUGACAAGGAGAGGGAAUGGGCCCUUGACUCGAGUUUCAAAGGACGUGGGCGAGGGGAGUACUAUUCCAGAGGACGGAGCUACAGAGGAAGUUACAGUGGUCGCGGCAGGGGAAGUCGUGGUCGCAGCCGUGCUGAGUUCGCCUACCGAGAGCCCCGAUUACGUUCUGACUUGCCUUCUGCUGCAGGUGCUGCUGCCUUUCGCAACAGAGAGGAAAGCGAGACACGCAGCGAGAGCUCGGACUUUGAAGUCAUUCCAAAACGUAGGCGACGGCGUGGUUCAGACACAGACUCUGAAAGUGAAGGUGGGAGAGAAUCAGCCAGCGACACUGGACCCUCUGACCGGGAGCCAAGUACCAAACCGAGCCGUCCACUAAGAAGAGAUCUCCCUGGUGAGGGGCGAUCAGGACCCCACAAAAUGGGCUUCGACCAACCUCAUAUCGGGGAAAAGGCUGGAAUGAGAGGGGAUGACGACAGCCGGCCCAAACCAGGAUUUCUUCCCAAGGGAGAGCCUUCUCGGCGAGGUAGAGGGGGAUUAUACAACAGACGAGGUGGCACACGGGAGCGUGGAGGUCCCCGUUCAGCCCCUCUUAGAAGGCCAGGACCCAGGGACUCUUCUUCUCAGUGGCCUUCUAAACCGAUGGAGACGUUCAGGCCUGAGGACACCGAGUCUUCAACAAGAUUCGACAAUCCCCAUACUGAUCGACGACCCCCGAAAAUGGAGGGAAAGAAAUUUGGAGAGGGUGCUCCUCAGAACAGCAGAGAGAGGCCUCGUCGAUCUCGCCCAGCUCGGCCCCCAAAGCAGGAUAAACCUCCUCGCUUUAGGCGCUUGAAAGAGCGAGAGGCUGCAGUGUUGGGUGCUGGAGAUACAGCUGCAAGCCCUCCUGUUUUGUUACCUUCUGUGCCUGCUGCAGCUGCCCCUAGUUGUGCACUCGCUCUGUUGUCCCUCUCUCCAACAAUGUCCAGAGCUCCAGGAACUCCUCUAACUGUGCCUGCAGAGGUGGUACCUGCACAUGACCAAACAUCUCCCUUAGACAACUCGCUGCCUGAGACCAGCAGUCCCACCAUCACUGCAGUGGGUAGCAAGUCCCCCGACUUGUCGAACCAGAACUCCUCAGAUCAAGCCAAUGAGGAGUGGGAAACUGCUUCUGAGAGCAGCGAUUUCAAUGAAAGGAGAGAACGAGAGGAGAGGAAAGGAGCACUGGAGGCUGCUAAUGAGGUAGCCACUGCCUCUGCCCCAGCACCCAGUCCCCCUCAGGGCACUUUAACACCUAAUAAAAGUCCACCGGAUGGAGGUGUGACUCCAAAGCGAGAGGGAUCACAAGCAGCCAAGAGGAGUUUCUCGAGUCAGAGGCCCACCGAGAGGCAGAAUCGUAGACCGCAGAGCGGAGCCAAACCAGGCCGAAGUUAUGCAGGCGGCAAAGGAGAGAGGAGAGGCGGCGGCAAGGCCGGUCGUAAAGGCCCUGCAGCUCAGCAGAGCUCUGAGACAUUAGCACCAGGAGCUGGAGGAACCUCUCAGAGGCCUGCCAAAGAGCAGCCUGCACGACGCAGAGAUGAGUCCAAACAGACCGCCAAGAAGCCCAAGGAGAAUGCUCUUUCCCAGUUUGAUCUCAACAAUUAUGCAAGUGUUGUGAUUAUUGAUGACCAUCCUGAGGUGACCACCACAGAGGAUCCACAAUCCAGUGCCAAUGAUGAUGGCUUCACAGAGGUCGUUUCCCGCAAGCAACAGAAACGGCUGCAGGACGAAGAGAAACGGAAGAAGGAGGAGCAGACAUCUCAGAACUGGAGUAAGAAAGGCUCCAGCGAGAAGAGCAGAGGAAGCGGAGGAAAGCUGCCGCCAAGAUUUGCCAAAAAGCAGUCAUCGCAGCAGCAGCAGCAUCCACAGCAGCUGCCUCAGCAGCAGCCACAGCAACAACAGGCUGCACAGUCUCAGCCUCCUGUAGCCCCAGCACCCACCGCUCAGCAGCAGCCCGCUGUUUCUGCUGCACAGCACCCUCACCACACACCCUCACAACCUGCUGCUGCUCCUCCUCAAGUUCUGGAAGGAGCGGUGGCUCCUCUACCCUCCAUUCCCCCAUCUAGUGUGGAGUUCACCUCAAAGAGCCUCCCCCCUGCGCCUGCACAGCCGCACAGCACUCUUGGUACAGAACUGUGGGAGAACAAGGUGGCGGGUUCCACUGUCCUUCCUGAUGUCAAGAAGCUUGGUCCCAUCAGCCCUCCCCAGCCCCCCUCCGUGAGUGCUUGGAACAAACCUUUAACCUCUUUUACAGGCACUGUGUCCUCUGAGGGUGGGAAGCCUGGAGCCGACGGCAGUGUAGAGUUGGGUAUAGACAGUAUUCAGUUUGGUGCACCAUCAUCUGCAGGAAGCACUGACAGUGAUGGAGGACCUGCACUGUUGGAAACAGUCUCGGAAAGCAAACUACCUGCUCCCAAAGAGCAAAGACAGAAACAACCUCGAACUGGUCCAAUUAAAACCCAAAAGCUCCCUGAGAUAGAACCAGUAGAACCCAAGGAGUAUAAGCCAGGUCCUAUUGGCAAAGAGCGCUCUCUGAAGAACCGCAAGGCCAAAGAUGCACGUGGAGCAGAGGCUGAAGGGAUGGAGGGAGGAGUAUCUGGUGGAGGUGUCAGCAGAGCCACAGACUCCAGCCCUCCCACCAGUGACACCACAGUACCAGAACUGGGAGGCGACAUAGAGGGCAUGAUCACAGUCCCCUCAGCAGAGUACACUAGUAACUCUAAGGAGUCUGUCACCGACUACACCACCCCCUCCUCUUCUCUGGCUGACAGUGUUCCCACAGGGGGCAACAAAAUGGAGGAGAGUUUAGUGGCCAAUGUGGCACUCCCCCACUCGCUGCCCCUUCCUCGCAGAGAGACCCUACAGCAGAGCUCCAGCCUCAGCACAGUUUCUCCUGCUACUGUCGACCUAACACUAAAGAUGGAGUCUGCCCGGAAAGCUUGGGAAAACUCCCCGAGUCUGGAGAAAAGCUCUCCAGUCACCACCUCUUCGUCCCCCAUCACCUCGUGUGCUUCCUCUUACUCAUCUUUCUCUUCAGCCUCCAUGCCCCAGAUCCCUGUGGCAUCUGUAACCCCCAGUACCUCACUGUCAGCAGGUUCUGGUACCUAUACCACAUCCUCUCUCAGUACAAAGACCACUUCAGCCUCCGACCCCCCUAACAUCUGCAAAGUGAAACCGCAGCAGCUACAAGGUGGAAGCCUGUCCUCCACCAGCAGCAGUAGCAACAGCUUCUCUCAGCUUGGCUGUGUGCCUCCCCUCCUGCCUCAGCAGCAACAGACCCCACAGGUGUUCGUCUCCCAGGCUACAGCAGGUUCUGCAGCUCAGAUUCCAGCCUUCUACAUGGACACUAGCCACCUCUUCAGUACCCCACACCCUCGCCUGGCUGCUCCUUCGCUGGCACAGCAGCAAGGCUUCCAGCCUGGCCUCUCACAGCCAACGGCAGUGCAGCAGAUUCCCAUUCCCAUCUACGCCCCACUGCAAGGGCAGCCUCAGCAUCAGCACACACACCAGGCUCAACUAGGACUAAGUACUGGUCCACCAGUUUCCCAGCCACAAGACCUGUUCAGCUCAUCACUUCAGCCUUACAGGUCGCAACAGGCAUUCAUGCAGGGCAGCUUGUCACAGCCGUCUAUGAUGCUGUCAGGACCAUCGCUGCACAGCUACCCCGGCGUGCAGGCCCCAGAACUGGGCAAGCCUCAGUCCAGUCUGGCCUACCAGCAGCCCUCCUCCACUCAGCACAUUCCCAUCCUGUUUGAGCCACAGCUCAACCAGCCCUCCGGCAUGGGAGGCUCCCAGAUCAUUGACACACACCUGCUGCAGGCUCGACAGGGGAUGAGUCAGCAUUCAAACAUGUACUCAGGGCAGGUGCAACAGCAUGGUCAGAGUAGCUACUAUAGCAACACUCAGUCCCCCAGCUCUGCAAUGCAGCAGGUAACUGUCCCUCUGCCUGGCUCCCAGUUGUCUCUGCCGAACUUCGGUUCGGGGGGAGGUCAGCCCCUGCUGGCUUUGCCCCCCACUCCUCCCCAAGCCCAGCCUCCCAACAUCAACCGGCAGCCCCCAGUUUCUCAGCCCUACCGAGGCCUCAUGGGUCCUAACCACAACAUGAUGCAGCCUCCAACCAGCAAGAUGGACAUGGAUCUCAAGCUCUUCGGCAGUGGGAUGGAUGUGAAGCCUGGAACUCCUCCAGUUAGCGGCAGGAGCACCACACCAACCUCCAGUCCUUACAGGGCCAGCUCCACUUCUCCCAGUAGCCAGUCUAGUAAGAUGAACAGCAUGCUCUACCAGAAGCAGUUCCAGCCCAGCUCUGCAGGCCUGAGAAUGGCGCAGCAUUUCCCCGGCCAGUUCAACCCACAGAUUCUGUCUCAGCCCAGCAUCGUCUCUCCCCUGGUUCGCCCUCAUGUGAACUCCUUUGGAGGAGGUGUUCAGCGUUCUCCCAUGGGUCCUCCAAUUUCACCCAAUGUGAGCGGUGGCCUCAUGCCUCACCCCCGACCCCAGCAUCCACAGCACAGUCAGCACCCUCCUCGAGGGCCUUCUGGUUCUUCCCUUCCACCCAGAGGCGCACAGGCGGCUCUGAAGGCUGAGCAGGAUCUAAAGGCAAAGCAGCGGGCUGAGGUUCUUCAGUCCACUCAUAAGUUCUUCUCAGAGCAGCAGCAACUGAAGGCUCCUCAAGUCAGCAAGCCUUCUCGGCUGGAUCAAGGAGGAAAAGCUCUGCUCGAUCCUUCAGCCUCAAACCACCAGGCCGGCGGGGAACGCCCAGAUGCAGACAAACCCCCCAUGUCCACAGCCAAGCCCAUUCGAACUGGCCCCAUUAAACCACAGGCCAUUAAACCAGAAGAGGGCAAGUAAAGAGCUCAUAGCCCCGUUAAGACGACUAAAUAUUUGAAUGGAAGAGAGACUCUACCCCCAUUUACACGAUCACAGCCUCAUAUCACCCCUGGAGGACAGUGUGGGGGAGGAGGAGCAGGAAUUGGGUAGAGGUCCAGAUGUCACCGUUACGAACAGAGGGCACUCAAAUACAAGUGUUAUCCUCUUUCACCCCACCAUGCCUUGCUGCAGGUGGGGUGACUUUCAUCAUAUUUAGAUGCUGAUUUAAAAUUGCUGCUCAAGUUGUUCUAUAAAAAUCCACCAUCUGACUGACAGAGUUGGAGAGAAAUCUGAGAAGUGCUGCUGAGUUAGCCAUUUUUAUAGCUAAUUUUAGUUCUUUCCCCCCAUAGCUUGAGACAUAUUAUAGGAGAAACAUGUUUUUGUUUACAAAAGAAUAAAUAAAUAAAAAUUUCAAAAGAAGGUAUCAUAUAUUGAAGCACACCUUUUUGUUUGACCAGUCAUGACUAAUCCAGACAAUUUGUGCUGAACGGUUGGAACAUGUGCUGCACGAAGUCAUGAAAUCAGAAAUGUUUUAGUUUUAUCAGAAUGGAAAUGUGAAAAUCUGCAGCAUCUGAUUGGCUGUAAUGAUUGAUCCCUUGAUUUGUCUGCCUGUGAGCCUUUGCUCCUGCCUUCUGCUCUCAUCUUGCCUGAGAACUACUCGUGUGUUGAGGUGUGUGCGUGUGCGCCCGUGUGUUCAGGGGAAAGCUUGGCGCUGGACUCUUGCGUGUUUUUAGCCAAAGGGAAAGGCAGUGACAUCACAACCUUUCAGGGUCGCUGUUCCCGCUGCAACGGUUUGGGAGCGUGCUAGCAGGAUUGAGUUGGUAACGUAGGAUCACUUAUUUCCAGCCGUUCUGUUGUCAGAGUGGUCUUCACACAACCUUGCACUGCUUUCACACCCAUCCCAGUGUGCUCACACAAACACUUGCAUACACACCUCACUGUACAAAAGCAUCCAGAGCUGCUGCUAAUGACUGUCGGUGCCCUUAGCUAGUGUUUUAGCAGGACAGGGCUGUUUAGAGGAAAAGCUGCAGAGUUUACCUUUUUGUUUUUUGGAGCGUGCAUGUUGACCUUCAUGACGAGGAGGAACAGGACAAAGACCCAAGGAAAAAGAUGAAAUGCGAAGUCACACGUACUAAAGCGGUUGCGCAGAAGGACACUUGUUUUGUUUGUCUUUACUUAUGAGAGCAACCAGUGCUGUUUCCUUUCUCUGCCUCACUUCCGCUGGCUGUCCUACCCAGAGCAACGCUCUCAUCCUGGGGUUGCAGAGAUGAGGGUCCCUUAGAAAUGUACAGUAGUAUGCACCCUGAGAUGGCGAGGGACUCCCUUCACAUCUGUCCUAGCUGGAGGAAAGACUCCUUUAUUUGGAGAAUGGAAGAGGGAGGGAGGGCAAUUUAUUUUAAAAAUUUUUUUGUUUGUUUUUUUGUACAGGGGUUUCAUCACUGUAUUAAGAUAUGUACGGUCUUAUUUACAUUCUCUUGGUUUGGUUACAGAAACUAAUAAAAAAUAAUAUACUAUUGA